AUGAGCUCGGAUAGCUUGUCAGCCCUGCACGUUGGGGCUCAACCCAAGCACAUGAAGAAACAAGCCACGUUUGUGGUUGCAGCCAAGCACAAGCAGGCAGCCGUCAGAGUUCUCUCUCUUCAGCUAGGGUUUCAGGGUGUUUUGAUUGAAGAUGUCUCGGUUAUCAGAAGUGUCUGGGUUGCUAGAAGACCCCCUGGCUAUGCUUUCAUUGAUUUUGAUGAUCGAAGGGAUGCUCAAGAUGCUAUACGAGAGCUAGAUGGUAAAAAUGGUUGGAGAGUAGAGCUUUCUCACAAUUCUAGGGGUGGAAGUGGUGGUGGUGGCGGUGGCCGUGGUGGGGGGCGUGGCCAUUCUGGUUCUGAUUUAAAAUGCUAUGAGUGUGGUGAGCCUGGUCAUUUUGCCCGUGAGUGCAGGAACCGUGGAGGAGGUUCUGGAAGGCGUAGGAGUCGCACUCCCCCUAGAUAUCGCAGAAGCCCAAGCUAUGGUAGAAGGAGUCUCAGUCCUCGUGGUCCUUCUCCUCGACGUCGAAGUUUGUCGCCCAAAGGUCGCGUCUACAGUAGGUCGCCUUACCGUGGAAGAGAUGAGGCUCAAUAUGCCAAUGGAAAUGGCAUUAGGGAUCGACGCAGGAGCAGGAGCUGA